AUGGCGGAAGUGCACCGAGAUCUGUCGUUCAGCAUCGACAGAGGUGGCACAUUUACUGACGUAUUUGCAGAGGUAGAACAUUCUGCUGACUUCUUAGUACUGAAGCUGCUGUCAGAGGACCCUGCAAACUACAAGGAUGCCCCUCGAGAGGGUAUCCGGCGGGUACUUGAGGAGGUUACAGGGCAGCCCCACCCGAGGGAUAAACCGCUGGACACCUCACGCAUCAUCUCCAUUCGGAUGGGCACCACUCGGAAGGGGGAGCCAUGCUGCCUGGUUACGACAAAGGGCUUUCAUGACCUUUUGCACAUUGGCAACCAGAGCAGGCCGGCAAUCUUUGACCUGGAGAUCAGUGUGCCUGAUGUGCUGUACUCCCAGGUUGUCGAACGCGACUCAGAGCAGUACCCGCCUGGGGGGCCCUGCAGAAAAGGGGUCACAGGGGAGGUUGUCUGCAUCCGGCAAGAACCAGACUUGGAAGCUGUGCGCAGGAAUCUCAAAGCUGUCCUGAAUGGCGGCAUAAAGAGCUUGGCAGUGGUGUUCAAGCAUGCAGCCAUCUUUCCAGACCAUGAGGCAGCUGUCGGUAGAGUAGCACGCGAGCUCGGUUUCGAGCAGGUACUGUCGAAGUCUUUGCUCUGUACUCAUAUGGUCCCCAGAGGCUUCACUGCAACUGCAGAUGCCUACCUCACACCUCAUAUCAUGAGGUACAUUCAAGCAUUCCAGUCCGGGUUUGAUGAAGGGCUGAAGGACGUGCAGCUGUCCUUCAUGCAGUCUGACGGAGGCCUCUCUCCAGUGUCUUCCUUCUGCGGCCACAAGGCUGUCCUGUCAGGACCAGCUGGCGGGUAUGUUGGGUAUGCCUUGACCACGCAGUGGGAGGGGCAGGAAGCUGCAAAGCUGCAAAUGAUCGGCUUUGACAUGGGAGGCACGUCCACAGAUGUGUCGCGCUUUGCCGGUUCAUAUGAGCAUGUUUUUGAGAGCACCACAGCAGGUGUGACUAUCCAGGCUCCACAGCUGGACAUCAACACCGUGGCAGCCGGCGGCGGCUCCCGGCUGUUCUUCAGGACAGGCGUAUUUCAGGUGGGCCCAGAGUCGUCAGGCGCGCACCCGGGCCCGGUGUGCUAUCGCAAGGGCGGCUAUGCGGCCAUAACAGACGCCAACCUGGUUCUGGGCCGCAUCAUGCCGGACUUCUUCCCCAACAUCUUUGGCCCAAACGAGGACCAGCCGCUGGAUGCUGACGCUGCUAGGAAGGCCCUGGAAGAUUUGACGCGGCAGGUCAAUGAAGGGUCGCCUGGGCAGCCGGCCAAGUCUGUCGAUGAGGUGGCGAUGGGAUUUGUGCGUGUGGCGAAUGAGACGAUGUGUCGGCCGAUUCGCGCGCUGACGCAGAUGAAGGGCUAUGACGUGGCGCAGCACUGCCUCGCCUGUUUUGGCGGCGCGGGCGGCCAGCAUGCAUGCGCGAUCGCGCAGAACCUUGGCAUGCGCACCAUCUUUGUUCAGCGCUAUGCCGGGGUCCUCAGCGCCGUCGGCAUCGGCCUCGCCGAUGUGGUUGCAGAGGAGCAGGAACCUUCAGCAGACAAGCUCGAUCCGAGCAGCGCAGGGGACUUGGAAGGGAAACUGGAUAUUCUGCAGCAAAAGGCUGUCAAGAGGCUUCUCAAUCAGAGCUUCACUGAAGACCAGAUUGCAGUGGAGCGGUUCUUGAACCUGCGGUAUGACGGCACGGAUGUGGGUGUGAUGACCACCUGCUCAGAGGAAGGCAAUUAUACAGAGGCGUUUGAAAGCGCCUACAAGCGCGAAUUUGGGUUCAUCCUCGAGGGGCGCGGCAUUGCGGUAGAUGAUGUGCGAGUGCGGGCCACGGGCAAGGCUGUACCACUGCCAAAGCCUGGGGACAUCACAGGGGAACCUGGGCCGCUGCCGGCUCCUGCAAGGGUCACCUCGGCAUACUUUGAGGUGGGAGGACGUCAGGACACACCGGCAUACGUGCUCCAGGACUUGCAGCCUGGCCAUGUCAUCACGGGUCCUGCUGUCCUCAUUGAUGACAUCAGCACCGUCGUGGUGGAGCCCUGCUGCUCCGCGCACAUCACAGCCGGGCGAGACAUACUGAUACAGGUUGCGCACUCACAUCUCUGCAUGGAAGCGGCUGGUCCAAAAAAACCCCUCACAGAGUGUGACCCCAUCCAGCUGGCAAUCUUCUCCCACAGGUUCAUGGGCAUUGCGGAGCAGAUGGGCCGCGUGCUGCAGCGCACCAGCAUCAGCGUGAACAUAAAGGAGCGCCUGGACUUCAGCUGCGCGCUGUUCGGCCCCGACGGCUCCCUGGUGGCCAACGCCCCCCACCUGCCUGUCCACCUCGGCGCCAUGUCAGAGGCCAUCCGCUACCAGGUCCGCAGCCUGAUGCUCAAGACGAAGGCGGGGCUGAAGCCGGGGGACGUGCUGGCCUCCAACCACCCGCAGCUGGCCGGGGGGUCCCACCUACCGGACAUCACAGUCAUCACGCCAGUCUUCAGCGAUGCGAAGAUCCAGUUCUUUGUGGCAUCACGUGGGCACCAUGCGGACGUGGGAGGGAUCACCCCCGGAUCCAUGCCCCCCAACAGCCACAGCCUGGUCGAGGAGGGCGCCGCCAUCCUCUCCUUCAAGCUCGUGCAGGGCGGGCAGUUCCAGACAGAGGGGAUCACGGACAUACUGAUGGCCCCGGGGCGCUUGGGUGACUCGAUUCCGGGCAUCAGCGGCACGCGCAACCUCAGCGACAACCUGUCGGACCUCAAGGCGCAGGUGGCCGCCAACUACCGGGGCAUCUCCCUUGUGGAGGAGCUCAUUGCAGAAUAUGGCCUGCCCACUGUCAUCGCCUACAUGCACCACAUCCAGGCAAACGCGGAGGAUGCGGUGAGGCAGAUGCUGAUCGCAUUUUCGGAGGAGCAGCAGCUGCCGGAGGUCGGCACUGUCACAGCCGAGGACCAAAUGGACGAUGGCACUCCCAUCAGACUGGCGGUCACGAUUGACAGGCGGGAGGGCAGCGCAGUGUUUGAUUUCGAGGGGACAGGGCCGCAGGUAUUUGGCAACACGAACGCUCCCCCGGCAGUCACCUACAGCGCCAUCAUCUACUCCCUAAGGUGCAUGGUGCACCAGGACAUCCCUCUCAACCAGGGCUGCCUGAAGCCGAUAACAGUGCGCAUUCCGCCCAACACAAUUCUGAGCCCCUCCCCGACCGCAGCGGUCGUGGGCGGCAAUGUGCUGACCAGCCAGAGAGUGACGGACGUUGUUCUCAAGGCCUUUAAUGCAGCUGCUGCCUCCCAGGGGUGCAUGAACAACCUGACGUUUGGGGACGCGGGCAUGGGAUACUACGAGACAAUUGCGGGCGGCGCUGGAGCGGGCCCCGGCUGGCACGGGCGCUCGGGGGUGCACACGCACAUGACCAACACGCGCAUCACCGACCCAGAGAUCUUGGAGCGCCGCUACCCGGUCGUGCUCCACCAGUUCUCGCUGCGCCCCGGCUCCGGCGGCGCCGGCCACUGGCGCGGCGGCGACGGCGUCGUGCGUGAGAUCGAGUUCCUGCGGCCGAUGACGGCGUGCAUACUGUCGGAGCGGCGCGCGGUGCGGCCGUUUGGCAUCCUGGGCGGGGGCUCAGCGCUGGCCGGCAUCAACCUGCUGCUCACCAGCGACGGCCGCACCGUCAACCUGGGCGGCAAAAACAACGUGGAGCUUGCCGCCGGAGAGCGGCUCCGCAUCCUCACUCCAGGUGCGCGCAUCUCAAUCCUGGCUUGCCGGGAACGAGCCUUGCCCUUGGGCCCUGCUUUACUAGAUCACCCCCAGCUACUCUGGCUGCAAAAUCUGCAAUUGGAGGUCAGCCCUGAACACAAUUUUGCGCAUGGCCGUGUGAUAUGCGCAAAGGAAUCAGCGGUGGCAGGGAAGCAGAGCAGUGGAAAGAUAAGAAAAUGA